AUGCCUGGCGUCAAGAUUUGCUCCGACAUAAAUGUCUCGACCAUCAUCUGCGACCCCGCCAAGAAGCAGGCUGCGAUCCACGAAUAUUGGGCCGACGAAUUCCUCGCCAGGCCUACGGCCUAUGCGGCACAAUCCGCACUGCUCGAACUACACACUGUCGCCGGCGGCAUGGCCCUCAUGAUGAACCCCUUUCUCACUGCCCAAGCCCCGCCCGAGCAGCGCGGCUUCGUGAAGCAUCGGCAGUUCACCGACAACAUCGUGGAGCUGGACGCGCAUAUGGGGGACCCGCUCAGUUCCACCUUCUUCGUCCUGGGAACCGACCCUCUCGUGCUUGGGCUUCGCGCAGCUGUUCUGACUACGUGUACCUUCAGGACGUGCGCAGACGAUGACGGCAUCCCCUUGUGGGACAUCCGCGCCAUGAUCCCUGUUCACAGCCUCUAUAUUCUCGGCAAGCGCGCGACGUGCCUUGACGAGAAACUGAAGAAAUGCUCCAUGACCCAGAACAUCCUUGAGCACAACACUCGUAUCCAGACUGUCUUGAGUUACAAGCUCCAGUUCGUGGAUCCGCCGUGCAUCCUGGUCAACCGGGUCGCUGCCGCCCACAGGGUCUCCCACCCCAUGAAAGAGCAUGUCUUACAGGGCGGGCAUCCGCACGAGGUGCUGCGCAGCGCCGUCAGUACCGCCCGCCGCGCUCGCGCCGAGCUCCCGGACUGGUGCGUGCGCAAGCGCUGGGAGGCCCGGACCCUGGUCGACUGGAUGCUGGCCCGCUGGGGCCUGGCGGCCCUGUGCGCCGGGGAGGGCGUGCUGGAGGUCGGCGGGGACCCGGGCUUCCUGGCCACGGAGCUGCUGGGCGCUGGGGUGCCCGUCACGGUCGUGGACCCUGCGUUCGGGGCCAGCGGCAAGGCCAACCCGUGGGCGGAGGCCUGGCGCUUCUCCCGGCCGCGGGCUGGGCAGCCUCGCCUCCAGGUCGUGCGCGAGGCGUUCGACGAGGCGUUCAUAGGCAAUCCCCGGAACGCGCCGCUGCUGCGGGGCGCGUCCGCGCUGGUGGCGCUCUACCCCGACGAGGCCACGGACGACGUGCUGAGGUUCAGCGCGUCCCAGAACGUGAGGACCGCGCUGAUCCCUUGCCCGGAGUGCGUCCGCUUUUUCCCGCCGCGCGACCCGACCUACACGGGAUUCGUGAACCGGCUCAUCGAGGACGACCGGCACCAGGCUUUCCACUUCGGCUCCUCGCCGAUCUGGGAGGACCGGCUCUGGGGAGCGCCCUACUGCCAGGUGCUGCUGCAGCGGUCCCCCUACCAGCCGCCGCCCCGCGGGCCGCACCACUAGACGGCCAGAUAUUUUUGGCUGCCCCGGGACGCCGGGAGCGCCGGGCCUGCGCCGUCGCCUGCUCUCAACAACGUGCACAAGAAUGCCAGGAUUCGAAAACUCGCUCCGCCUGAGGUCUGGGCCUCUGCGUGUCCCAUGCCGCCGUCCGCUGCACAGGGUCGCCGAAUGGCGGUCUGGCCCGUGCCAUGUCCUUGGCAUGGUUGGCGGCCUCCCGUCUCACACCGGCGGCGCCCGACGCAUUGCGGUGAGAUGAUGUGGUCGCGUCGUGCUAAAUGUAGAUUGCGCGCGUUUGCGUCUAUCGGAGAGGGACAUGCGCCUUCGCGCCGUGAACAA